GGUUCACGUGGCCUUUUCCGUUUUCUUGUUUUUUCCUCGUCGCGGGCGGAUGUUGUCGUAUGACUGCUUCCGGGUUGCUGCUUGACCUUGAACCUUCCGGAGCGACAUGGCGACUCUCUGUAGGCUAAGUGUCCUCUGCGGCGCCAGAGAAGGGCGAGCUCUGUUCCUCCGAACCCCAGUGGUCAGACCAGCUCUUGUCUCAGCAUUUCUCCAGGACCGACCUGUUCAAGGAUGGUGUGGAACACAGCAUAUUCACCUGUCACCCAGCCACCAUUCUGGUUCCAAGGCUGCAUCUCUCCACUGGACUAGCGAGAGGGUUGUCAGUGUUCUGCUCCUGGGCCUAAUUCCAGCUGCCUAUUUGAAUCCGUGUUCUGCGAUGGACUACUCUCUGGCUGCAGCCCUCACUCUUCACAGUCACUGGGGCAUUGGACAAGUUGUUACUGACUAUGUUCAUGGAGAUGCAGUGCAGAAAGCUGCCAAGACAGGCCUUUUGGUGCUCUCGGCUUUCACCUUUGCUGGGCUCUGUUACUUCAACUAUCAUGACGUGGGCAUCUGCAAAGCUGUGGCUAUGCUGUGGAAGCUCUGACCUUUUAGACUUAAUACCUUGAGAAUUGAUUGUACACCUCCUUGCCUCUGCUCUGUCAUGCCAUUUCAACUCACAAUAAGAAGGAAAAACAUUGGUGAGACAAACCUCUUCUCCUAAUCACCUGAUUGUUUUUAGAAUUUAAUCUUUGAAGAAAGAUUUGAGAGAAGUUGUAUCUUAAGAAAUUACAAGACUGAAUUUUGUAUUCUGGGGAGCUAAUGGAGUGUCUCAGCUUUUCAUAAGUCUCAUAGUGUAACUGAACAAUAUAUACGAGCUUUUUGCCUUUUAAUUGAUCAAACUCUUAAAGGGAAUUCAGCUUUAUUACUCUCGAUAUCUGAUCAAACGUCUGUGUUUGUCCUAGGAUGAUGGAGAAAGGGAAAGACUUAAUUCAUAAGUAAAGACUGCAGAAAAUUAGGCAGUGUUUAGUUUUUAUAAACCUCCCCCUGUUCAGUUGAUGCCAGUUACUGAUGGUUACAUGUCUUAGGGAAAUUUGAAAAUUAGAAAUGCUGAUAUUUCACAUUACUGAUUUCUAAAUCCUAGGAAGAAGAGCCUGGAGAGUUUCUGAAUGUAGACAAGUUCCAUUUAGGGAAGAGGUCCCUUUAUAGAUGUUUCAAAUUGUUGCAGAUUCUAAACCAAGACUUAAUCCUCAAAUGUGUUUAUUUUACUUGUCCUAAAAUAAUUUGUCCACAAAUAUAAAAUUAUAAGUGAUAAGUUGUUGUUUUCCCACUGGGAAUUUCUAAUGUGAAAAUGUAUUCCAUGAAGGUAAUUUUUUAAAAAAAUAAAAUGCUGCAUAAUAAAAAUUUAUUCUACUCUUUUA